GGAGGAAGAGGAGCCAGAGGGAGGAGCUUCUGGACUGUAUAAAAUCCCCGAGCUGUGACUGGCAGACGAACGUCCGCCAUGUUUUCCUUCCUCCUCUCGGUUGUGGCUCUGACUCUGCUGCCCGUUGCUGCAGCCUCUUCCUCCUUUUCCUCUGGAGGGGGCGACUCUCCUCCGAACCACAGCUACGACCUGUCGGGCUCGGCGCUGUCGGCCCUCCUCAACUCCCCGGUGCACGACGCUGAGAGGAUGAAGAGGCCGCUGGAGGGAGCCACCAGCUGGUUCGGACCAGUCAGCCACUCCGGAGUCCGAGUGACACUGGAGGACGGAACCAAGUGGCUCGUCCACAAGGGGGACGGAUUCGGAGUAUCCUCUCAGACGGUCGUGACCGACGCUCGACACAUGAGCUCAGCGUGGGAGCCGGUCAGUCAAAAAGAUUUCCAAGGAACGAAGAGAGUCACUGACUUUGUGCGCGAGGGCGGAACCGGCUACAACUUACUGUUGGACAACUGUCACCUGGGGUCUCGACGGAUGAUGGACCAGUGAACCUUUGGAAGUUGCUGAGCUGAUCUCACGUGUCGUGUGGUCUUGACGCCACCAGGUGUCUCCAGAACCCGCCGCGUGGAGUCCGUCUUUGUCGGUUACUUCACUGUAACAGACCAGUUGAAUAAAUGCACUGUAACUUUUCGUGAUGAAAUGAAAUCCUAAUGAGUAAAUAUUCACUUUAACAGAAUAAAGUGACUGUUUCUGUUUCUCA